AUGUCAUCGAGAUUUUCUUCUAGAUAUCGUAGAAGACAAAGGGCUGAAGCGUCGAUUCCUCGAGAAGAUCCGUUAUCUGAACAGCUUGAUGAAAUUGCCGAAUUGGCAUCCAGUUUACACUCACCCGUAGCUGAACCUUUACCCGGUUCAGCUACUUCUUUGGAAGAGAGUGAAUUAGAAAGAGAGGAGACAAAGAAUGCUAGUGUACAAGGGCUUAUUGCAAGCACAGAAGAGAUCAACCAAGAGCUGGGUGAAGAGGCCAGUGUUGGUAUACCAUACUCUGACGAAUUUCCAAGGGUUGAGACCCCCCAAGAUGCUGUUAUACCAUUGUCUCCAACUGGUAAUUGUAACAUUUUCCGAAGGAUUUGGAACGGGCUCCGGUGUGCAUUCCAAGAAGACGAUUCGCCAGAGAGACAACCAUUAUUACCAAUACACAACGGAGAAACAAAUGGUGGUGGAGCUUCAAGAGAAGGAACUUUUAUUGAAUUUAUUUGGAAUCAUAUGUUGACCGAAUCAAUGAGAGAAUAUUUAGGCAAUCAUCGUAAUUUGAUUUUGUUAAUAAUUAUUGUGAUUUUAGCUGUUGUUACAAUUAUAGCUUAUUUUACUGGUACAUUAAGAUACUUGGUAUUAUACUUGCGAAUGAUUAUAUGUUGGAUGGCUAACAUAUUUUACGAAAAUGAAUCUCCGUUCAAGUCGAUAUGUCGAAUUUAA